AUGGCUGUACCACCAUCCCCCGGGCUGGGCAAGCUCAACAAGAGAUUCAACAAGAUGGCUUCACCUUUACCGCGUCCACCCCCUUCCUGUGGCUCUAGCGACGAUGACUCUUCCGACGACGAGUCUCAAAUGGUUCUUAAACAAGGACCAGGAGGAAAUAUUGUUUUCGUUCCAGCACCAGAUGUGAAGAAGACCAAGCACAUAUCCCCUCAAGAUGCCAUAGAUGAAUUCUGGGCCAAAUUUAAGAGCAAGACACCAGGAAAAGCAUCUACUGUUCUGCCCAAGAACCUUUACACAACAAAAGCCGGUCAGAGGGCAUCCAAACCAGUCACAAGAGGCAAAAAUGCCGUUGCAUCAUAUGAAGAAGCGGCAGCACUUUGCAAAGCAAAAGUUGCAAAGAUUGUCAAAGAAUGUCGUCGAGUAAAUCAAAAAUAUCGCGAUCCACAUUUCGAUAUCGAGUUUGAUUUGAAGUGGGGCAAAGGCGAUUGCCUGCAAAUGCUCGAGAACACAAGUGAAAAAUUAACACCAACAUUCCAUCCUGGAUCUGUCAAAAGAGUCGGGGACAUAUUUGACAAUCCUCAAUUCUACGUCAACCAAGCAAGCGCAAAUGAUAUUAGACAGGGCCGUGAUGGCGAUUGUUGGUUCAUGGCAGCUCUCUGCACAUUGGGAAAUAAGCCUGGCUUGAUUGAAAAAGUCUGUGUUGCAAGAGAUGAGGAGAUUGGUGUUUAUGGAUUUGUCUUCCAUCGUGAUGGAGAGUGGAGAUCAGAAAUCAUUGAUGACAAACUUUAUUUGACGAAACCUGAUUAUGAUGAAAGUUGGAUUGAACGUAAUCUCAUCGAAGAUCGCCAGCGUAUCAAUUCUGAAGAGGAUUACCGCAAGAUUUAUCAGAGCAACUCUGGUGCGUUGUAUUUCGCGCAGUGUGAAGAUCCAAAUGAAACUUGGUUGCCGUUGCUUGAGAAGGCAUAUGCAAAAGCUCAUGGAGAUUACGCAGCUAUUGAAGGAGGUCAUACUGGUGAAGGACUCGAGGAUCUUACUGGUGGUGUCACAACCGAAGUUUUCAGCACAGAUAUUCUUGAUAAGGAAUAUUUCUGGAAAGAAGAAUUGCUCAAGGUCAAUAAAGACUUCCUUUUUGGUUGUGCUGCCGGUAUCUUCUGGGGUCGUGGUAAUAGAAAAGGUAUCUAUGAAGGCCAUGCAUAUUCGAUUCUACGAGCUGUGGAGAUUGAUGGCCAACGACUUGUCUUGUUGAGAAAUCCCUGGGGUGAAGGUGAAUGGAAGGGUGCAUGGAGUGAUGGAAGCAAAGAAUGGACACCAGAAUGGAUGAAAAAACUCGAGCAUCGCUUCGGAGACGAUGGUUCAUUCUGGAUGUCAUACGACGAUCUUCUCAAAAAGUUUCAAACAUUUGAUCGUACAAGAUUAUUCACCGACGAAUGGAAAGUCACUCAGUCAUGGGCGUCUAUGGAAGUUCCAUGGACUGUCAAUUAUCAUGAUACAAAAUUCUCUUUCACUCUCGAUAACGCAGCACCUGUUAUGAUUGUUCUCUCUCAACUCGAUGGCCGUUACUUCUGUGGACUCGAAGGACAAUACCGGUUUGAAUUGUCUUUCCGUAUCCACAAAGCUGGCGAAGAAGAUUACAUUGUUCGAAGUCAUGGUAACUACUGGAUGCGUCGAUCCGUCACUGCCGAGUUGGAACUUCCAGCCGGCGAAUACGACGUAUUGAUGAAAGUUAAAGCUUUCAAAGAUGGUAGUUCUUUACCAGUCGAAGAUGUUGUUCGUAACAAUGCGAAAAGACGUCGUGAUAAGCUUUCUCGAAUUGGUCUAUCUUACGAUCUAGCUCAUGCUAAGGGGGUUGUCAGAGAGACUCCCGAGGAAAAGAAAGCUAGAAAGGAAGCCGAGGAGAAGAGAAAAAACAAGGCGAGAAAAGAAGUAAAGGAGCGAUUGAUGAAGGAAAAGAAGAAGAGGGUUCAUAAUGAUAAUAAAGAAAAACGGAAACUUCAAGAACAGAAAAUUAAGCGUAUGGCGAAGGCAAAGACUAAGAAAGCCAAGAAGGCAGCUAAAGAGGGAGCUUUAAAGGCUGUUGAGGAAGAGGCCAAAAAAACAGCUGAAGAUAUUGCCAAGGUCAUUGCAGAGCGAACUGCAAAGAACGAUAGUGAUAAAGAUUCAAAGACCGACGAGAAGGUUGUGGACAUCAAAUCCAUCGAGAUUGAAUCUAAAGAUGGUGAGAACAUCUCGACUAGUGAUGCCUCAUCUGAUAAAUCAUCAGAGAAUGAGAAGCCGGCGACAAUAUCUAGACCAACGUCAGAGGCGCCUGGAAACUCAACGUCCACGAGUGAACCAGCCAAUACAUUGACGGGAACUAAGUCAAGCGACGACAAAGUGAUCCAAGUCAAGGCCAUAAACGUAGAUGUCAAAUCAACCACAGUCACCCCACAAUCAGCGCCUGCUCUUACAAACCUAUCAAUUCCAAUUCCACUCAAAGCCCCCAUUGACGACGAUGAUGACUCUGAUCUUGAAUCGAUUUGUUCCGACAUCUCUGACAUAACCGUCGGCGUUCUAGACGACGUGCUUGAAACUGAAGCUAAAGCAGCUCCUCCCCCUUCACCAAUCAAAGGCGAGGAUGAACAAGAAGAUGAGUUCGAGAAGGAUCCUUGGAAUGCUGUUUUGGUAGUGGGUCUCAGAGUUUACAGUAAGGAGAGUGCUGUGACAGUACAAGUCAAGAGGGAGAGAAAAUGGGAGGAACCACAGAAGAAAAAGAAGAAGAGAGAUAUCAUGGGAGAAGAGAUUAGUAGUGAUGAGGAAGAGGAAGAGGAUCCAAUGGAGAUUGGAGAGAAGAAAUUGGAUGUGGAUGAUUCGGCGGCUGAUGCGGCAGAUCAGGCGGUGGAAGCGGCGGUGGAUAGUCCGAUUGUGGAGAAGGGGGAUCCGAUCGCUGAAGAGGGAAAGGAGGAGGGCAAGGAAGUGGAAAAGAAAGAUGAAAGCGGAAAAAUCGAAGAAACACCGACCACUGAGACAGAGACUGACGAAACGAAAUCCGGAACUGCAAUUCAGGAAGUAGAAGGCGAGACUAAGAAAACUAACGAAAUUAAAGUCGAUGAUUCUACUACCGGUUCUACCGUCAAAGUAGAAGUGGAAGUUGAGGUCGCAGUUAGCACCAAAGAAGAAGUAGAACAGGAACAGGAAACUGCCAGUCAGAAGGAUAGCGAGGAGAGUUCCUCGGUUGUUAUCGUUUAG